UGGGAGUUAUCUAAUCACGAUAAAGAAUUUAUAUUGAACAUGAUACAUGAUAAAAUUCGGAUUUAUAGAAAAAAUAUCAUUCGCGAACAGAGUUGCUUUGUUCAAGACUAGUAUUUGAAAGAAAGUAGUUUGUGUGUCUACAAAAAUUCAAUAAGCGUUGUUUUGUUUGUAAAAAAAUUGAAAUUUGUUUAUUUCUAAAAAUAGUAAAUUUAUAUAUUCUUUGGUGACACAAAAAAAUGGGAAGGAAAAAAGGUAAAGGAAAAUCUCAAGAAAUUCAAGAUGCCUCAUCUAGUGACCGGACUCAAUCCGUACCAUCUCAACCAUCACAAGAAGGUCCUUCUAUUAGACAGCCCGUGGGGGCACCCCCUGCCCAGCAAGAGGGACUGCCUCAGACAGGACUACAACAGAGACAACCGAGUCAACCUCAACCACUUCAGCAACAAGUUGGGCCAGUUGAUCAGUCACGAGUUAUCCAUCCGCAACAGGUGCAGAUGCCACUACAAGAAACUCAGAGGGGUCAAUUGCCACAACAUGCUCCGAGAGGUCAACCGCAACACUAUCAGCAUCAGCCUCAUCAUCUUCAACCACAACAGCUACAACCUCAAUUUAUGCCUCAACAAGAGCAGAGGGGCCCCUUACCACAAGGGCCGUACGGUCAACCAGUACAGUUUCAAGGAAAUCAGCCCCAAUACUUCCAUCAACAUCCACAGAUAGGUCAGCUCCAAAACCCUCUUCAAUAUCAACAAGUCGGUCAGCAACAAUAUAAUCCACAAAAUGAACAGUUGGCUUAUCUUCAAAACUCCCAGUAUCAUCCACAACAUUCCCAAAACCCUCCUGCACAUCCACAGACGAGUCAGCCCCCAUAUUCUUUGCAACAUCAACAAAUGGCUCAGUCUCCUCCUCCUCUUCAUCAGCAACUAGCACAACAACCCGAGAGAAUGUCACAGCAACCACUAGGGGGAAGGGGUGUGCAACAACGGCAACCACCACAACAAAGACUGGUAGGCCAGCCGCAAUAUCAAGGACACUUGGAGGGAAGUCCACAGCAACAACAAGGAGGUAGGGGUAGGCCUCAACAAGGGCAAUCACCACACCAAGCAGGGAUAGGCCAGUCACAACAAGGUGGAAGGGGUAGAGCCCAGCAUGGUCAGCCAUCACAGCCGCAGCAGCAUCAAGGAGGUAAAGGUAGGGGUAGGCCUCAACAAGGGCAACAACCUCAGCAUCCACAACAAACUCAGAGUCCUCAACAAGCUCAGCAUUUUCAACAAGUUCAGCAUCAUCAACAAGCUCAGCAUCCUCAACAAGCUCAGCAUUUUCAACAAGUUCAGCAUCCUCACCAAGCUCAGCAUCAUCAACAAGCUCAGCAUCCUCAACAAGUUCAGCAUCAUCAACAAGCUCAGCAUCCUCAACAAGCUCAGCAUCCUCAACAAGCUCAGCAUCAUGAACAAGCUCAGCAUCAUCAACAAGCUCAGCAUCCUCAACAAGCUCAGCAUCCUCAACAAGUUCAGCGUCCUCAACAAUCAAGAGUGGAACCGCCUACCCAACAAAUGGUUAACCUUCAAGUCGGCGAUUUGCCACCUAUGCAGUUCAUAAAAAUCCAGCCUGGUACACAGGGACGUAAAAUUAUAGUUGAAACCAAUCAUUUACAGCUGAAUCUUGGACAGUUACGCAGUGCUGUUCACUACGAUGUCAAUCUUGUACCAGAAACGCCAAAGAAAUAUUUGAGGCUUGUUGUAGAGUUGUUCAGACAGAAACAUUUUCCCAAACGAUACCCAGCUUUCGAUGGUAGAAAAAAUUUAUAUAGCACAACAAGAUUACCUUUCGGUGAUUUCAUCUCCGAUCAAAUCGUGUACCAAGAACCUGAUGGACGGGAUCGAACAUACAAAGUUGAAAUCAAGUUUGCCAAUGAGGUUGAUUUGACACCGUUGCACAAUUUGAAUUUGUGUAAAGAUACACCCAUGGAAGCUUUGCAAGUCGUAGACAUAGUACUGAGAAGUGCUCCAGCAGUGAAUCUUAUUUCAGUGGGAAGAAGUUUUUUUUCUAAACCUGCAGGAAUUCUUGAUUUAGGAGAAGGUAUGGAAAUGUACAAUGGAUUUUAUCAGUCAGCUAUAAGAGGAUGGAAACCAUUCCUUAAUGUAGAUGUGGCACACAAGGCCUUUCCAAAGAAUAUUAGUGUAAUUGAUGCACUGGUGGAACUCUUUGAUUCUUAUCAUCAGCCUUUCAGAAGAGAGGAUCUGAGUAGACCUUUAGACCCCAGGCAGAAAGAAACUUUUAGAAAAUACAUCACCACCUUGAGAGUGACCUAUGAAAUUCCUGGAAAUCCUUCAUCCAAGAGGUCAUAUAGAGUGAAUGGUAUAGAUGAAGCACCACGUGAAAAAAAUUUCAAAUUAGACAAUGGUAGACAGAUGACAAUUGAGAAUUAUUUCGCAACUGAGAAGAGAUAUAGAUUGAGAUACUCCCAUUUACCAUCACUAUGGGUUGGAGAUAGAAAUCGUCCCAAUCGAAUAUUGUUACCUCUAGAGCUCUGUGUAAUAGAGCAAAACCAAGCAGUGAAUAGAAAGAUGACGGAAAACCAAACUAGUAAGAUGAUAAAAUAUGCUGCCACGAACACAAAGGAACGUAAAGAGAAGAUCACAACUGCUCUACGUCAAGCCAACCAUAACCAGAAUCAAACUGUCCUAGAAUUUGGAUUCUCUGUUUCAAAUGAAUUUGAAAAACUGCAAGCUAGAGUUUUGCAACCACCCACUUUGCAAUACAAUCAAAAACAAGACAAACCAUUUAAAGGAGUAUGGAAAGGAAACACAUUUUUUGUUGGCGCCGAGAUAAAUAAAUGGACUAUUGCAUGUGCUGACAGAAGACCUCCAAGACCUGAUGAUCUCUCCAGACUGGCAGACAUGAUUUUGAGAACCAGUAGCCAAUGCGGAAUGCAAAUCAAACAACCGGCACAGCAACCAUUCAUCAACAUGGGUUCAACUGUACACGAUAUCAAAAAGUUUUUUCAAACUCAGAAAGAUAAACAGUAUGACGUUAUUUUCGUUGUUGUGCCUAAUAACGGAUCACAGUACUCUUAUGUUAAAAGUGCAGCAGAAAUCAACACUGGAUGUCUUACUCAGUGUAUCAAAAUGAAUACUGUGUGUCGUAAAUUGAAUCCACAAACUGUAACGAACAUUUUGUUGAAGGUAAAUGCAAAAUUGAACGGCACCAAUCAUGUUUUACUUCAACGACCACCAAUCAUGGAUAGACCCUGUAUGAUCAUGGGAGCGGACGUAACGCAUCCAAGUCCAGACUCUCAAAACAUUCCAAGCGUGGCAGCAGUGACGGCCUCGCACGACCCACAAGCAUUCAAAUACAAUAUUUGUUGGCGCUUACAGCCGCCGAAAGUUGAAAUUAUUGAAGAUCUCGAAGCGAUUACUGUGGAGCAGUUGAAAUAUUUUUAUGAAAAAAAUAAAGGCAUGAAACCUGAACGGAUUGUAUUUUUCAGAGAUGGCGUUUCAGAAGGCCAAUUCCAACAAGUGAGACAAACUGAGAUCAGAGCUAUCAGAUCUGCUUGCAAAAAAGUUCAGGCUUCUGAUUAUGAGCCAAAAAUAACUUUUCUUGUUGUUCAGAAACGUCACCAUACUCGCCUGUUCCCAACGAAUCCUAGAGAUUCUGAGGACAGGAACUUUAACGUACCUGCAGGUACAUGUGUCGAUACGACGAUUACACACCCUUUCUUGCAAGAUUUUUAUUUGGUUUCUCACGCCAGUAUUCAAGGAGUAGCAAAGCCUACGAAGUACUGCACACUGUGGGACGACAACGAUAUGUCUAAUGAUGAGAUUGAGGCGUUGACAUAUCACUUGUGUCAUAUGUUUAGUCGUUGCAAUAGGUCUGUGAGUUACCCUGCGCCAACAUAUUACGCUCAUCUAGCUGCUGCAAGAGCAAAGGUUUAUAUCGAAAAUGAUAGGUUAGAUUUGAACAACUUACGAAGAGAAUUUGAAAAAUAUGCCAUUCAGGAUGUCAUUCGGAAAGGAAAACCAAUGUUUUUCGUGUAGGUUUUUAAUUAGUUUGAAAGUAUCAACUUUGAAGUAAACUGUUAAUAUAAUAAAAAAACAUAAAUAUGGAUAUUUUUACUCUACAGGUACCCAUGAAAAAUAACGUUCAUAAGAAACAUAAAACUGAUUUCUGAUAUGUAAGUUGUUCCUGUCAUAACUGUUAUAUUUUAUCUGUUGAGAAAAAAAAUAAAUGAGUAAUUUUUGUGA